UCCACCAUAAAUGCAAAAAGUGAAUUCUAAAAAAAAAAAAGCCAGUAGAUGAUGCGUUAUACCCCCACCCCCAGCCCACCCACCGUUACCCUCUGCAGCCCAGCAAUCCGUGCAUCGAAGUGAGUCGUUCGAUAAAUUAGGCGCGAAAAAAGCUGUGUUAAGUGAUUAUUGCAACAAUAGAAUUGACAACAACAAACACGUGGUUGUAAAAUGCCACGGGUCAAGGGAUCACCCAAGAAGUGUGUGAAAACAGCCAACACCAAUUCACCGAGUAAUACAUGGGUUUUUCUUAUGAAAGGAGAUGGAGUUGGCGGUUCUGACAGCAAUCCCCCGGACAUCGUGAAGCUUCGUCAUCCAGCGACAAACCAACCAGCAAUGUUCGUCUUCAGUCCCGGUGACCAGACGGUCCAAGAGGUCUUGACCUUCGACGAGAACAAGCGCUCGUGGUUUAUCGACGAGAACGUUAAAUCCGAUGGAAAGAUGCACUUAUCAACCCCCAUCGAUCCCAUUUUUCUGGUCCUACCGUACCUGAGGAAGGCGCAGCAGGUGCUGCCCCUCGAGCAGUGCCUCAGGGACGAGGACUACCCCGAGACCAUAAGACUGGCGAGGUGUCAGAGCCUGAAAGUGUCGCUGGUGGCCGAUCGCAAGGGGGACGAGUCGUAUCAGGCUUACAAGUACAACGAGGAGAAGACCCUGGGGUGGCUCCAGAAGAAGGUCGAGAGGGUCGCUGAUGUUCUCAGGCAGAAGGGCAUUCAUGUCGGCCAGGGGGCUGUCAGUGCCAAUUACGUUAAGAGUACUAAAUACGAGGCUGGCAGUGAUAAUGAAUACCUGAAAUAUGCACACGGUAUAGUCUCCGAAUACCUGACUGAAGAUCUCUCAAAAAAACUGGCUCAAAACAUGAAUCUCCCAGAGGAGGAGAACAAAAACAAACGCAAGCUGAUGAGUCCCAAGGAACUUCCUGAGGAGAAACGACAGAAGAAGGAUUCCAUGGACGAAGAGUCCCCCAGGACACGAGCUCUCGACCUCACGAAACCAGAAAAGCCCCAGAAACCCCAAACAGCCUCAAAAAAGGAGAUAGCAAGGCAAAAAGCAGCGGCUGGCUCGAAGAGCAUCACAAGUUUCUUCAAGAAAAAAUGAGUUUCCUAAAAAGACUGUCCCCCCUGAGUUGGCUCCCAUUAACUAAGAGUCUGCGUUCCUAUCAACUGCUACUAGAAUUCUAAUUUCAAACGAAACAAAGAGAACUGAAAAAAAAUCCCUCAAAUGGGAAGAAUAAUAAAUAGCUCGAAGGGACGCUUACGAAUUAUUUCUCAAGCUGUUGCUCAAGCAUUUUAAAAACUCAAACUCCAGCGAACAAACUAAACGAAAAGAAAAGCCAUCAAUUAAUUUAUCAAUUUGUUCAUCCACACAUUUCUGUACAUAGUAAUGUUAAUUAUUUGAAAUUAAGGCGAAUGUUAUACUUUGUAUAAAUUUUUUAUCGUUGAACCCAAGCAAUUCCUAUAAUUUAUCACAGCCAAAUUAAUUUGUUCGAUACGAAUGUAGAAUUCAGAAGUAAUAUUUCCAUUGCUGUCCAUCAAUGCGUCGUUUUAUGAUUAAAUUAAUUGAUAAGGGAAACGAUUUAAUUACUCUCUGCGAUCUGAUUAAAUUGGAUUAGCUCCAAAUAAACAUGUGUUAUCGUGAAAUUGUGUU